AGCGAAUUGAAAUCUCGCUCUAUUACCACUAGCGAACGUUCGCUUUUAUCUGUCAGAAUCGGUCGAACUGUAAUUCUUCGUGACUUGAAGAAAUUUACUGUUAAAUUUGAAAUCGGUGGUGGUUUGUGUGUUUUAUUUUGUUUUGAGAAUAAUUUUGGAAAAUAAAGUAAAAUGAGUGGCACUGGAAAUAGAAAAAGGUAAUGAAUGCUUAAAAUUAAUGAAUGCUUAACAAUUGCAAAAAUAAUAAAGAAUUUUAUUUGUAUACCUAGCAUAAAAAGAACCAACUCCAACCAAUUUUCAAAGCUCGUUGAAAUUAUGGAGGCAAACCCCGAAAUUGCGAAAGGUAUAGGAUCUUUCGGAUCUUCAAAAAAAAACCAAGCAGAAUAUUGGGAUAGGUUUGCCAUUGAUCUCAACUCCCUAGGGCCUCCUUUACGCGAGGGAAAAGAGUGGCAUAAGGUUUGGCUUGACUACAAACUAAAAUUAAAAAAGAAAAUCGCAGACAACAAGAAGGAUGUAGUUGCAACUGGUGGAGGACCUUAUGGGCAGCUUUCUCUAUCUCCUUUGGAGCACGCAGUGGACGAUCUACUCAGCCUUCAAAAGGCUGUGAAUCCUUCAGGGAAUACUUUUGGAAUACGUGCUCUUGAAACUGAAGUAUUUCAACAUCUUGAAGAAUCAGAAGUAGAUGUUCAAGAUAUAACAUUGCCAUCAGAUAUAUCAUUACAACCUGGAACAUCUCAUCGCAAGAGAAACGUCGAGAAUGAUAGAAUUAAUAUGCUCAACAAACAAACGAAGGCGCAAGAGGAAAUUCUUGAGACGCAAAAAAAAUUCUCGCUGCUUCAGACUCCGCACAAAAAUCGCUUUCGGAAAUUGCUCGAUAUUCUAGGAAGAAUUACGACCUUAAUAAAGAACAUGUCGACUUGUUAAAAGACAGAGAAAGAAGGAAAGAAAAGGAGAACCUGAAAAAAAAACAAACGACAUAAGGAUCUGCUGGAAGUGAAGUUAAAAAAAUUGGAAUAUCACUUACAAUCUUACAAAGAUUAAUA